ACUCUCUCACUCCUCACUUCCACUUCUCUCACUUUCUUCACUCCUCCAAAGCGUCGGCAUCUCUUCCUCGCCAUUUUUCGACACUUUUGCUUAUCCAUUCUUUUAGCGACGAAAACAAAUUCUGGGCUCAGAUCUUCAGCUGCAAUGCAAAAGUUUUUGCGUAGUUUUGCUGAUUUUGCUGUGAAUUUGAUUUUUGGGUUUCAGUGAAAUUUAGGGUUUUGGGUUGAAGCUGUAAUAGGUAAAAAUGAUGGGACGUUCUCCUCUUUUGAGAACUGGGAGUUUGAGGCCCGAAAACUUGGGUCAACAUGCUUUAGCUAUGAUUGGAAAUGUGUGUUUCAGUAUCUUUGUUGUUGGGGUUUUGAUUUUCACCAUAAUUGCUGCCACGUACGAACCCGAGGAUCCCCUUUUCCACCCGUCUGAUAAGAUCUCCACAUUCCUUACAUCGAACUCGAAUGCCACGUUCGAGUCUGAUAAUACUGUCUUAAAGACUGGGGAGGAUUUCAUGGCGGCGAAUCAGACUGCUUUUAACGCUUUUAUAAACAUUAGUGAUGUGGCUGAUAAUGCUGAGUUCGCGUCUAGUACUGGUACUGAUUGUGGGGGCGAGGUUGGUAAAGCGAUUGAUUGUAAGGACCCGGAAGUUUUCCAUACUAUGAUGAGGGCUGCUAUUGAGAAGUUUAAGGAUAUCCAUUUCUAUCGAUUUGGGAAGCCUGUCCGUGGUUCAGAUGAUAAUAACUGUGAUAUGGCGUGGCGGUUUAGGCCAAAAGAGGGGAAGACUGCAUCGCUUUAUAAGGAUUAUCGGAGAUUUGUGAUAUCUAAGGCUGAGAAUUGCUCUUUGAGUGUGACUGAUAUUGGUGAGUACCACAGUGGAGUUAAUGCAAGGAAGAGGAAGCCGAAGAAACAAGCUGUCUUUGAGAAAGAAGGCCAACAAGGUGAAGUUGGUGCUUUGCCGGUUGUUGGGGAGAUGGUAAAUGAUAGUCUUCCUGUUGUUGAAUCAGAAGCAGCAUUCAAGAAUGGGAAAUACUUGUACUAUGCUGGAGGUGGAGAUCGUUGUAAGAGCAUGAAUCACUACCUUUGGAGUUUCUUGUGCGCGCUUGGGGAAGCUCAGUAUUUGAACCGUACAUUGAUCAUGGACCUGAGCAUAUGUUUAUCAUCUAUGUACACGAAGACAGGUCAAAAUGAGGAAGGGAAAGAUUUUCGAUUCUAUUUUGAUUUUGAGCUUCUGAAAGAGGAAGCCUCAGUAUUAGACCAGCUCCAGUUUUGGACUGACUGGAAUAAGUGGCAGAGAAAAGAUAGGCUGAGUCUUCAUCUUGUUGAAGAUUUUAGGGUUACUCCAAUGAAACUCAAGGAUCUGAAGGAUACUUUAGUCAUCAGAAAGUUUGGUACCGUUGAGCCGGACAAUUACUGGUAUCGCGUGUGUGAAGGAGAGGCAGAAUCUGUUAUCCAGAGACCGUGGCACAUGUUGUGGAAGUCAAGAAGGUUGAUGGACAUUGUUUCUGCAAUCGCAUCGAGGUUAAACUGGGACUAUGACUCUGUUCACAUUGUGAGAGGAGAGAAAACCAUGAACAAAGAGCUCUGGCCUAACCUUGACAGGGAUACCUCACCCGAUUCUCUUCUUACAACACUGAAGGACAAGAUUGAUGAAGGAAGAAACCUCUAUAUUGCAACAAAUGAGCCUGACAAGUCAUUCUUUGACCCCUUGAAAGACAAGUACACAACCCAUUUUCUCGAUGAAUACAAGGAUCUUUGGGCAGAAAACAGUGAGUGGUCUUCUGAGACCACUAAACUCAACAAUGGGGCUCCUGUUGAAUUCGAUGGCUACAUGAGAAUAUCAGUUGACACGGAAGUUUUCUUGAGGGGAAAAAAGCAGCUUGAGACCUUCAAUGACCUCACUAGUGAUUGCAAAGAUGGGGUAAACACUUGCAGCACUUCCUCUAGUUAGUUAUAAUAUAGUGCUCUCUGUUAUUGUCAAAUUGAUUCUGUUAUCCUAGAAAGUCUCAUUUGUUUAAUUCAUGAUCUCUUGAUUAUACCUGCUUCGACUUGUUAUGGUAAAAUACUUUGUCCCUAAGGCAAGGUUUUUGAACAUUUCUCUGUUUCUUUUCUCUCUUAGUUACAGAGCAUAAGUCUGUAGGGCUAUACAUUAUAUGUAGGAUUAGUUUUGAGUUUUCGAGAAAAGACCAUAGUUUUGUUGUAUUCGUCACUCCCAAAAAAAGGAAAGAUAAAAUUAGACGAUAAUUCGUUGUAUUUAUCAUUUCCCUAUUUGAUUUCUGGUUCACUCUUUC